AUAUAUGCCAUCACUGAGGAGCUUUCAUUGGUGGUAGCAAUCCUUAGAGACAAUUUCACCGCGCACUGUGGGAAUGCGUUUGCUUGCUUAUCCACACGCCUGCUAGGAUCAAGCCUCGCCUUCCAAGAACUCAAGGGCCUAAUUCUAAAGGCAACUCUGACAAUAAUUGCGUUCUCUUAUGUAUUCGAUAUCGCAAACCAGGCCUUCUCUGUGGAGGAGGACGCCGUGAACAAGCCUACUAGACCUAUACCCUCCGGCAGGCUAAGCAGAGGUGGUGCUUACGCACGCUGGCUGUUAAGCUGGAUUCUAUUUCCUGUUUUGGUAUAUUUCGCUGUCAGUCUCCGGGCCACAUCAGUGCUUGUUCUGUGGGAGGUGUGGGUUUUCAUAUUCUACGUGUGGCCCAAAGUGGAGUAUUGGUGGGUGCGAAAUAUUUUCACAGCUGUAGGAGCCAUCCUUCAGCUUACUCUGCUGGAUACGAUGCUUACAGACACAUUGCUAACACAUGAUGCCAUAUCUCAUGAAGCAAAGACCUCUCUGAAGUGGAUUUUAUUCAUCUGGUUAUUUAUGACUAUUCAUAUCCAAGAGUUUCAGGAUAUGGAGGGAGACCGGCAUGCGGGCCGUAAAACACUGCCCCUGGUUCUGUGCCCCAAAGGUCAAUUCUGGCUGCGUGUUGCCACUGCAGUGUUUAUUGGCGCUACUCCAGUUGUCAGCAUUGCGCUGUUCAGAUCCUGCCUACUGUCGAGUUGGACCAUGUUAAGUCCGGGUCUGCUCUUACUGGCACUAUGCCAUCUGCUUUCCAUGUUGACCGUUGCAGUGCGACUUGUAACCUUGCCAUUCAAGGAAGCUGACAAGGCGACCUAUAAGUACUACUAUAUUCUAGCAACUUACCUUAUGCUCCAUAUGUAUGCCAAUGUUCAGCGAGCCGUAUGUUGA